AUGGAUUCUCAUGAAAACAAAGUGAAUGCUUUUACCUUAGUGCUAAAGAGCUCAAAAACAGAUCCUUUUCGUCAAGGAAUUAGUAUCAGGAUCUUCAAAUCUGGUAAUGUCGUUUGCCCCGUCAACUCAAUGGUGGAAUAUCUCAAGAUUCGCAAAACCUGGACUAAUGGCAGAGAAUCCCCUGCACUUUUCAUUGAAGAAUGCGGAACUCCACUAACGAGAAACUCCUUCGUCAGUAAACUUAAACAAUUACUUCACUCGCUAGGAUACAAGGAUGAAAAGUACAAUGGGCAUUCCUUCAGAAUUGGGGCAGCAACAUCCGCAGCAUCCGGUAACGUGGAGGAUCACAUGAUUAAAACAUUGGGACGAUGGAGGUCCGACUGCUACAACCGAUACAUUCGUACUGACGACGACACAUUGUCCCGUGCUCAACAGGCAAUGUGCAACAAGUGA